AAAACCGUGUGGGAGACAACAACCAUCGAUGAAGGAAGAGAAAGAGAGAAUAAAGAUGGAAGAAGAAAACGGUUACGCCGGAAGUAGCGGUUCAACUCUGGAGACUUCAAAGGCGGAGAGAUCCGUGUGGUUGAUGAAGUGUCCGGUGGCUGUUGCUAAGUCAUGGCAGAAUCAUCCUCCUUCUCAACCGCUUUCUAAAGUCGUUUUCUCUAUUGAUCCGUUGCUUCCUGAAGACGAUCCUGCUCAUCUUCAGUUUACAAUGGAGAUGUCUGGCACUGAUUCUGUGAAUAUGGCGAAAGCUUAUUCUUUGAAUAUGUUUAAAGACUUCGUUCCUAUGUGCAUCUUCUCUGAGACAAGUGAAGGUGACAAGGUUUCAAUGGAAGGGAAAGUAGAGCAUAAGUUUGAUAUGAAACCACGCCAUGAAAACAUUGAUGAUUAUGGAAAAUUGUGCCGGGAGAGGACAAAGAAAUCUAUGAUUAAAAAUCGACAAGUACAGGUUAUUGAGGAUAUUCGUGGAGUCCACAUGAGGCCAAUGCCUGGAAUGGUUGGCUUAGUUUCAACCAAUUUUAAGGAUAAAAAGAGGACACAACCAGUCAAACAAACUGAUACAAAGAGAACAAGAAGAGACCGGGGAGAGCUGGAGGAUAUUAUGUUCAAACUAUUUGAAAGACAGCCUAACUGGGCCUUGAAGCAACUUGUCCAAGAAACUGAUCAACCCGCGCAAUUCUUGAAAGAGAUCUUGAAUGAGCUGUGUGUAUACAACAAAAGAGGUGCCAACCAAGGAACUUACGAGCUGAAGCCUGAAUACAAGAAAUCGGUUGAAGAAACAAAUGCUGAAUAAGUGCUUUGUUCUUUACAUUAUAACUAUCUAACUUUGCAUAUUUGAUUUCCGGUGUGUUUGGUUGAAUCAUGAUGAGCUAACAUAAUACUGCAAAAAUUUGGGGUAUAGUUUUUGUAAAAUCAGGGUGCUGCCCACCAUAAUAUCAAACAUGCAAUGAAUAUAUGUCGGCUCCAUAGAGCUUUUCAGAUAA